AUGAUGACGUGCCGUCUGCUGUGCGCCCUGUUGGUGCUUGUCCUGUGCUGCUGCCCGUCCGUGUUUGCAGAAGAGAGUGAAGGUGUAAAAGAUAGAUCUGAAGAAGAUUCCAUUCCAACAAUUUCUAUGCCAGACGAACCAGGUCAGGAAACGGAUCCGCCAAGUAGAACUCCUCCACCAGAGAAUAAAGAAGAAGGGAGAGGGACGGAACAGUCACAUACAAAGGGUACAAUAACCGAAACGCCACAGUCACAAAAUACUUCCAAUAGUACAAAGGAUGAAGAUGGUGGGAAGUCUAAUGAACGGACAGAACAUACGAAUGCCGUUACGGCAAAUGAACAAAAGAAGGCCGCCGCACCAACUACGACCACGACGACUACUACAACAACGACGACGACCACAAAGGCGCCAACCACGACGACCACCCACGCGCCGUCACAUCUUCGCGAAAUCGACGGCAGCCUCAGCAGCUCUGCGUGGGUGUGUGCCCCGCUGCUGCUCGCCGUAUCCGCGCUGGCGUACACCGCUGUGGGCUGA